ACGGCGCUGACUAUAAUGGAUGUGACAGUUGGGGUGAUUCACCUUUAAUGAAGGCUUGUGAACAUGGUCAUUUAGAAAUAAUAAAGAUGUUAUUAGACAGAGGAGCAGACUAUGAUAAAUGCGACGAUGACGGCCAGUCACCUGUAUUAAUAGCUUGUCAACAUGCCCUUACAGAAAUAGUGAUGAUGUUAUUAGACAUAGGAGCAGACUACAAUAAAUGUGAUAAGAGGAGUCAGUCACCUGUAAUGAAGGCUUGUGAACUUGGUCAUACAGAAAUAGUAAAGAUGUUGUUAGACAGAGGAGCAGACUGUAAUAUAUGUGAUAGGAAGGGUCAGUCACCUGUAUUGAAGGCUUUUGAAAAUAGUCAUACAGAAAUAGUAAAGAUGUUGUUAGACAGAGGAGCAGACUAUAAUAAAUGCGACAGUGACGGCCAGUCACCUGUAUUAAUAGCUUGUCAACAUGCCCUUACAGAAAUAGUGAUGAUGUUAUUAGACAUAGGAGCAGACUACAAUAAAUGUGAUAAGAGGGGUCAGUCACCUGUAAUGAAGGCUUGUGAACUUGGUCAUACAGAAAUAGUAAAGAUGUUGUUAGACAGAGGAGCAGACUAUAAUAAAUGCGACAGUGACGGCCAGUCACCUGUAUUAAUAGCUUGUCAACAUGGAUAUAUAGAAAUAGUGAAUAUGUUAUUAGACAGAGGAGCAGACUACAAUAAAUGUGAUAAAAGGGGUCAGUCACCUAUUAUGAAGGCUUGUGAACUUGGUCAUACAGAAAUAAUAAAGAUGUUGUUAGACAGAAGAUCAGACUGUAAUAAAUGUGACAAUCAAGGUAAAUCACCUGUUAUGAAGGCUUGUGAACUUGGUCAUACAGAAAUAGUAAAGAUGCUGUUAGACAACGGAGCAGACUAUGAUGCUUUUCGCAGGAGGGAUCAAUCACCUAUAAACAAAGGUAGAAAGUUUGGUUAUACUAAAAUAGUUAAGAUUAUGUUAGACCGAAAAGCAAGCUAUCAUAUAUUUGGAAGAAGGGAUCAGUCACCUGUUUUGAUAGCUUGUCAACAUGGUCAUACUGAAAUAGUAAAGAUGUUAUUAGACAGAGGAGCAGACUAUAAUAAAUUUUACAGGGGGGAUCAGUCACCUGUAAACGAAGGUGGUGAAUUGGAUUAUAAAGCAAAAGAAGAGAUGAUGUUAGACCUAGGAGAAACCUUUGGUUUAUUUGACAGAUUGGAUCAGCUACCUGUAUUGAUAGCUUGUAAGCAUGGUCAUACAGAAAUAGUAAAGAUGUUGUUAAACAAAGGAGCAGACUGUAAUAUAUGUGAUAGGGACGGUCAGUCAUCUCUAUCGACGGCUUGUAAAUUUGGUCAUACUAAAAUAGUAAAGAUGUUGUUAGACAGAGGAGCAGACUAUAAUAUAUGUGAUAGGGACGGUCAGUCACCUCUAUUGAAGGCUUGUAAAUUUGGUCAUACAGAAAUAGUAAGGAUGUUGUUAGACAGAAGAGCAGACUAUAAUAAAUGCAACGAUCAUGGUAAAUCACCUUUUAUGAAGGCUUGUGAACUUGGUCAUACAGAAAUAGUAAGGAUGUUGUUAGACAGAGGAGCAGACAACAAUAAAUGUGAUGAAGAUGGUCAAUCACCUUUAAUGAAGGCUUGUGAAUAUGGUCAUACAGAUAUAGUAAGGAUGUUGUUAGACAGAGGAGCAGACUGCAAUAUAUGUGAUGAAGACGGUCAGUCGCCUGUAAAGAUAGCUUCACAACAGGAUCAUAAAGAAAUAGUAAAGAUGUUAGUAAACAGGGAAGCAGACUUUAGUCCAUGUGAUAAGUGGAGUCAGUCACCUGCAAUAAUGGCUGGUGAAAAUGAUUAUACAGAAAAGGACGGUAAGGGUUAG